UCAACAAAAAUUAAAAGAAAAAAAUUAGAGGAAAAAGGUAAAAGAAAGCUUAAUCAACUUUAAAAGAAAAUGCAUCAUAUUAAUACUAUAAGCAACAACCAAAAAUAUAUUGUAAUUUUCAACAAAAUAUUAAAAGCUAAAUUAAAAAUAAAAUAAAAAGUGGAAGAAAGAAGAGCAAAUACUUGUAAUUAGAUAUUUCUACAAAAUCUUCAAUAACAGCACAAAAUCAAGCACUGUCGUUGGAAAACCCCACAUGGACAAUCAACUCUACAGUUACAAAUAAAAGUUCAGCACUAGCCGUUUGUACGCCUACAAAAACAUAUGUAUCUCAACUCACGCACAACUGCAUUUAAUUAAAAUUAAUUUAUUUAAAAUAAAAAUAAAACGGGAAAACUGAUCUCAGAGCACAAGGACUGCUAUUAGUUAUAACUGCAAACAAAUAUAUAAAAUAUUUCUUAAACCACCGUUUUUAACAGUACAAUAAGCUGCCGCAAUCAUGUAUGGCAUGGUUUUAGAGUCCGUCCAACAUUUCAUUCAAGAGGAGUUCGGUGAAGAAGUUUGGCGACAAGUAUGCCAAAUAAUCGACUGCCGUCACAAUACCUUCAAGACCCAUCAAAUCUAUCCCGACGGAUUAAUGCCCGAUAUAGCGGCCGCGUUGUCGGCGCUUACGGGCAAGUCAUUCGAUUGGUGUAUGUCAUUUUUUGGCAAUUGUUUCGUGCGGUUUUUCAGCAAUUUCGGCUACGAUAAGAUGAUACGUGCGACGGGACGUUAUUUUUGUGAUUUUCUACAGUCCAUCGAUAAUAUUCACUUGCAGAUGCGUUUCACCUAUCCGAAAAUGAAAAGUCCUUCCAUGCAGCUAACUGAGGUUGAUGAUAAUGGCGCCGUAAUGGUUUAUCGCAGUGGUCGCACUGGGUUUUCCAAAUAUUUAAUGGGCCAGUUGACGCAGGUAGGACGUGAGUUUUACAAUUUAAAUGUAAAAUGUUCAGUAAUUGAGAGUCAAAAUGAUAUAAAUGGAGGCAUAGCUGGUCCUAUCAAGUUGAGCCACGAACCUUUAACGGUAAUUGUGAAAUAUCGUUUGGACUUUGACAAUCGCGAAUAUAUGGCGAAGCGUGUGAACGUUGUGGCACAUCCCACGCAACAAAUUUUACCGAAAAUCAAUAUUGAUGUAUUUCUGGAUCUCUUUCCCUUCACGGUGUUACUAAAUCGCAAUAUGGUUAUUACCUCGGCUGGUGAGAAAAUCGUUGAUACUUGGAUACUACACAAUCAGGGUAAGAAUCCACAAAAUUUUCUGGGUUCGCAUCUUAUGGAUAUAUUUAAGUGUCGCCGUCCAAAAGACAUCAAAAUAACUUGGGAUCAAAUUAUACAAAUGCACUCAGUACUCUUCGAAUUCGAACUAUUGCGUACGGGUCGCAAUCAGGCAGCCUACGAUGCACUAAUGGAUCACAAUCUCGAAGACGAGGUAAGGGAAGUAUUGAAUAGCAGUGAGGAAAAUCUGCUAAAUGUCGAUCAGAAGGAAGAAAUUGAUCCACUUACCGGUAGACGCAAGAUUUCCCAUGGAAACAAGGCGAUUUUGUUGAAAGGUCAAAUGUUUCAUCUAAAAGAUAUUGACUCACUAAUUUAUCUCUGCAGUCCGCUCAUUGAAAAUUUAGAUGAAUUGCAUGGAAUUGGUCUAUUCUUAAAUGACUUGAAUCCACAUGGCUUGAGUCGUGAGCUGGUAAUGGCUGGCUGGCAGCAUUGCUCUAAAUUGGAAAUUAUGUUCGAAAAGGAGGAGCAACGCUCCGAUGAGUUGGAGAAAUCAUUAGAACUAGCCGAUUCUUGGAAGCGUCAAGGUGAUGAGCUCCUUUACUCAAUGAUACCACGUACCAUCGCCGAACGUAUGCGUAAUGGUGAGGAGACAAUAUGCCAGUCUUUUGAGGAAGUCUCCGUUAUAUUUAUAGAAGUGAUGAAUAUUUACGCUGGCGAUACGAAUGACAUACGUGAUGCCAUGACCGCAGUGACCACACUGAAUACGGUAUUCUCGGCAUUUGAUGAAGAGAUAACAUCACCAUUUGUGUAUAAAGUGGAGACAGUUGGUAUGGUUUAUAUGGCCGUUUCAGGAGCGCCAGAUAUAAAUCCUUUGCAUGCUCAACAUGCUGGCGAUUUCGCUUUGCGUGUGGUGAAGAAGGUGAAGGCCUUAGAGAUACCGGACCUUGCUAUCAGGUUGGGUAUAAAUUCGGGACCUGUGGUAGCUGGUGUUGUGGGUUUGAAAGUGCCACGCUAUUGUCUCUUUGGUGACACAGUGAACACAGCUUCGCGCAUGGAAAGUAGCAGCGACCCAUAUAAGAUACAAUUAUCGAAUUAUACCGCGAUGAAAUUGCGUGAGGCGGGCUAUAAAAUCGAAUCGCGUGGUUAUGUAAAGGUCAAAGGUAAAGGUGAAAUGGAAACAUUUUGGCUUUUAGACGAGCCGGAUAAAUAGAUGAAGUAGUGAUACGAAAAAGUACAAAUUCAAUUGGGCUCAUAAAGUAUGGGAAUGUUUUUAUGUAUGAUUGUAUGGACUCCUGUUUAGCGUUACUUUAAUGCUCAUAAACGUGUUAAACUAAAAACUAUUAAUUUAUGCUUUCUAUGUAUUCUAAAUAAAUGUAAAACAUCUCAUAUA